CUGCUUUGUUUUUGUUAGUCAGCAUUGCGGUACUCAUUUCCGGACGUGGAGAGUCUAAUCCAUCCAAACCUUUUCAAAUGGGCCCCGUCGCCUAGCGUUUUCUUCCCAACGCCUCCGACUGAAUCCAGAACGGUGCUUUAACAACAUCAGCACAAAGAAGUAUAGUUUAAAGAAGUUUGUAAAAUGGCAGCCAUCCCAGCUAGCGGAUCUCUUGUAGCCACUCACGACUACUACCGAAGGCGCAUUGGCUCUACAUCCAGUAGCAGCUCAUCAUGUGGCAGUUCGGAGUAUAGUGGGGAGGUUAUUCCACAUCAUCCAGGUUUGCCCAAACAGGAUUCUGGUCAUUGGUGGUCUAGUUUCUUUUUUGGAAAGCAGCCUGGUAUGGGAACGCUUGCUGAAGAGGCACAGCAGAAGUCAGGUGUGGUUAGUGUGACCAAUGGACAGGUGAUGUGUGUUGCCCGGGAGAUGGUGAUGAAGCAGGCGAGUGAAAGUAGUGAUGGAGGCAAGUCGGAGGCGGGGAGUUCUCCCCAUUCCUGAGUCUGUGAUCAGCUCAGAACCCCUGCGCUAGGGGGCGGCUCCUUUUUUGUUUUUGUUUUUACAUUUCCCCAUUCAUUUAAUGGCCUGUUUUAGUGCUUUGUUCUCCUUGUGUUUUUGUAUUCAUUUUAUAUAUGACGAAAUGGAAAAACUAACUUGCGAAAAGAUUUUAUACAUUUUUACACAUCCGUAACACUGGUGCAUUUAAAUGUUUUUGUUACUUAAUCCGAUUGUAUAUCUUGUGUUUUCAGCACAAUAAAUGGUCUUAAAACAA